UUCAGCUUCAUGUCUCGCUGAUAUUCAAAUGACAAACAGAGAAAAGGCUCCACAACUGUGCUCCCUCCUCCUCCUCCUCCUCUUUUAAUCCUCUCCAUCCUCUCCUACGCCUCAGUCUCUCUCUCCUCCUCCUCCUCUGCUCCCUCUCUCCCGCCUCAGACAGACAGACCGGACACAUUCCCUCCCUCCUCCCUCCUCCCUCCCUCCUCUCUCUCUCUCUCUCUUUCUCUCUUCCUCUCGUUCAGAGGAUAAACCGUCUCUCUGAGAGGACGCACGGAUGCGCGGCCGCGGACCGGUCCGGCGACUAAUUGCCAUAAUAAGGCGCACAAGUUCGCUGGAGAGCCAGGCACGUUUUAUUCCUCCGUAUUACCAUGUAGCCAGUGCCGCAGCGGGGAGAUAAUCGGGCGGAGGGAGCAGUUACAGAGAGGAGAGAGGAGGAGGAGGAGGAGAGAGGAGGAGAGAGGAGCGGAUCGCACCAGGCUCUCCAGUCAGCCAUCAACCGGAGCGCUCAUAAUCGCGCUGGCGACAACAUAUGGGAAUACAACAAGGCGAGAUCUGUGGUCACACCUGCUCGUGGAGGACACCGGAGGACCCGAGCCGGGAGGAGGUGGAGGAGGUGGAGGAGGUGGUGGUGGUGGAGGAGGAGGAGGAGGAGGAGGAGGAAAGGCGGCCAGAACCGAGGAGGAGACCGCGCGUCGAAGCACCAUCCGAGGACGGAUCUGAAACCGCUGAUGACGACUAAUCGACAUCAAAGCCGAGCAUAAAAACACGGAGGACAGAGUCGUUCGUGAAGAAUAAAGUGCGAACACAUCCCUCCCGACGCACCGCCUACUGCAUCAGAGUUUUUACGGACCACAUCUAGACAAAAGCCGGAGUGGAUCCAGUCUGCAGACGUUGAGGGAGUCGUGUUGGGAAAAGAAAAGAGCAAAUGGUGCUGCGGCACGUCCUUCCCUGGAAGCCCCACUUCAAAAAGGUGGAGGUCACAGGAUUGCAGCCCACCGCAGCAGUUUGAGGAUUACACACAGACCUGGAAAAGAGAGACAGUGCUAAUGUUCACCAUAAUGGCACCUGUAGGUGUGGCUAAACUGCGGGCUCGGCUCUUUCUGCUGUUUCUUUGCCUGACACUACGUGCGGGCAUGCUUCAGUUUGCUGCAGCCACGAUACAAGGGUACAUCGGAGACAGGGACAUGAUAUGCCCAUCUGUAUGCAGGUGCGACGAGGACUUUAUCUACUGUAACGAUCGCGGCCUGAGCUCCAUCCCUUCACUGCCUCCUACGGCGUCUGUCCUCUACCUUCAGAAUAACCAGAUAAACAACCCGGGUUUGCCCACCUCCUUAGAGCACCACCUCGCCGUCCGUGUGGUCUACCUCUAUGACAAUGAAUUGGAUGAAUUCCCCCUGCACCUGCCACCUUCCGUUCGUGAACUGCAUUUGCAAGACAACAACAUACGCACUAUUCCUCGUAGUGCACUGGCGCGGAUGCCCUUGUUAGAGAAGCUCCACUUGGAUGACAAUUCUAUUUCCACUGUCAGUAUUGAGGACCAGGCCUUUGCUGACAAUCCACGGUUGCGCCUACUUUUCCUUUCACGCAAUCACCUGUCUAGUAUCCCCUCAGGACUGCCUGCCUCGCUGGAAGAACUACGUUUGGAUGACAACAGAAUCUCCACAAUCCCGACCCAUGCCUUCCGAGGCCUCGCCUCACUUAGAUGUCUUGUCCUGGAUGGGAACCUUCUGGCAAACCAGCGCAUUGCUGAUGACACAUUUUCCCGCCUUUCCAACUUGACCGAGUUGUCCCUAGUCCGCAACUCUCUCCAGACCCCACCUGUCAACCUGCCCAGCGCCCAUCUGCAGCGCCUGUCUCUACAGGACAAUGCCCUGACUCAUAUGCCACGUGGUUCCUUGGAUGGCAUGCGUCGGCUGCAGAGGCUGGACCUGUCAGGGAACAACCUGACCACCCUGCCGAGGGGACUGUUCAAAGACCUGGAUAGCCUCGGUCAGCUGCUGGUGCGAGGCAAUCCUUGGCACUGUGGCUGCAAUAUGCGCUGGCUGUACGACUGGCUGCAGGCCCGUGGUAACUCCAUCACUGUGAGAGGUCUAACCUGCCAUGGGCCUGACAGGGUGCGAGACAUGCCUUUGACGGACCUCACAAGCGAGAUGGAGGAAUGCGAGGUGGUGAGGACAGCGGGGACCAGAGACAAAAUAGGUGGAGGUGGUGUCGAUAGCUCUACCACUCAAACCCCUCCACAGGGCUCUCUCUUCACCCUCCGCUCAAAACGACCUGGCCUGGGGCUUCCUGACUCCGGUUUAGACUACACUCUGAGCAGCAGUGGUGUGGGGAAGAGCCUGGCCCUCAACGUGAAGCCCCUCUCUCACAACAGUGUCCGUGUUACCUGGAGCGUGGCCCAGCCCAGCUCCUCCUUCAGGCUGAGCUGGCUGCGACUGGGGACAGGGAACGCCAUGGGAUCAAUCACAGAGACUCUGGUCCGGGGUGACCGCCGGGAAUACUUGCUUACCUCCCUGCAACCACGCUCCAGCUACAUCAUCUGCAUGGUGCCCCUCCCUACCAGUUCAGAAAGCAAAGGACCAAUUUCUGGGGAUGUUGACUCUGAUGAAGCUCUGGUGUGUGCAAAAGCUGAAACGACAGACCUCAGCCCAUUGGAGGAGGAGGAGAAGGAAGACUCACAGCAGAUGACAGUGUUGCCCUUGGCAGGAAUUAUUGGUGGGGCUUCUGCCAUUGUAUCUUUGGCUCUCAUUUUUUGCGUCUUCUGUUGGUAUGGACAUAGGACUGGGCAUUUGUGUCCCCGCGACCACUAUACCCGCAGCAGCUCCCGAAAAAGCAAGACCUACGAUGAUUAUAUCGAGUCAGGCACCAAGAAGGACAAUACUAUCUUGGAGAUCCGCGGACCGGGCUUCCAGAUGACGCCUAUGGCGGCUUGCCAGCCAAUGCAGCCUAAACCCCUACGAGAGGAUUACAUCAUUCAUACCAUAUUCCCCUCUAAUGGCACUGGCCUGUACAAAGGUGCCGACCAUGUUUCCAAUGCAGGACAUGGCACCAACCGUGGUUAUAGAGAAGGAGGAAUCCCAGAUAUAGACUACUGUUACACAUGAUGUACUGUACCAGAUCCUGUUCACAGUGUUGUUGGUAAACUGUAUAGAUGCACAAUUUCCCUUCGCAUGGACACUUCUGGAGCACCCCUCUGUGCCUUCUUCUUCUGGUCUCCCAUUCCAAAUGACCUGCUGUUCACUGCACUGAGAGAACUGUAUGUGAUUAAGUGGAACUGAAACCGUGUGGGAACAGUUCACUGCAGAAAGCAGCAGCCAGUGCCCCAGGUGUAAAUGCACAGCUGACUGUUUCUUCACCAUCUUAGUAAUGGCCUGUGUAUGUUUUCUUUUCUGCUCUUUCCCUGUGACAUGUAAGCAAAGAAUGUAUACACUGCAGAAAGGUCAGACUUAGCGUAGGUGCAGGUAGAGUUUCUCUUUCACACACAGGAGCCACAGCAGUCAAUUCAAAAUGGAUUAAGAAAUAAUAAGAAACUGACAUUUAUUUUAUUUUAUUUUUUUUGUAUUCCUGCUCACCGUUCAUACACAGUAUGUAGUCUUUUCAACUCAUUGUUCCAAAUGCCUCAACUAUAUUGAUGUGCCCUACCAGCUAUCCAAGGAAAGGGCUUUGUAAAGCUGUGAAUUGUUCUAUUUCAAACGACCCAAUAACCACAUGUCUUAAAGUAGGCUUGUUAUUACCUUAUUCAGUAGUCGGCAGGGUGAAGAUCUUAUCAGGGCAGGUCGGCCUUGGUUAUACCUCUGGAGAUCGUUCACCUGAGAGCAGUAUUGUAGUGCUGCAUCAGAUGAGAUGCAGCACGAGUGUGUAGAUAAUUUCCUCCGAUACCGACUGGGCUGUGUUUGAAAAAUGCUUUGCUAUUUUUAUCAGUGGUUUGUUUAGUGAUCAAAUCCUGCACAGCUCUCUUUAUUUAUUUAUUUUGUUCCUUAUGUGAUGUUUUCUGUCUCUGCUAAAAUUGCUUUUUGUCUUAUUUUCACCCUCAUUUUUGUCACUACUGAUGAAUCCCAGCUUUGGUGAAGGAUUUGUUUCAUCUAAACGACGAAAAUACGAGACGCCAAGAUAAACAUCCCGAUGGCUGUCUCGAGGUUCAUGUUUUCUUAAACACAGCAGAGUGAAUUCUCGAGUGAGACUUUUUAUAAAAUGUCAUCUGGAAAAAUUAGACCCCACCCAAAGACUAGCAUGUCAGUCAACUGAGACAGAAGAGACCAACCUCAAUCCCUCGUCUCCCAUUUGUGUGCUAAACUUGUGACUUCAGUUUUUGUGUUUCCUCCACGAUCUAAAAGUGACGACGGCGUUCACAGAGAAUCCAGACUGGACAAAAAUACCAAUGUGGAACCUCCUGAGUGAGGCAGACUCUUGUUAGUGAACCCCGAAGUUGGGGGCGAGAACUGUGAAUGAAACCGAGGAGACUCAAACCGCAACACUGUUGACCUGCACUGUGGAGCAGCAGCCAAGCUGUGGGAGGGUGGAUGGACUUGUGAGGGAGUUUGGGGGUGGGGGGUGGUGUGACUACUCAGUGAGGUGAGUUCAUUGAUGUUUGUUUUAGAAAUGGUAAAGGGCCUCAACUCAUUCCACCUCUUUUAUUACUGAGCAGCACUAAAAGUGUAAAUGUAUUAGCACUUAGCAGAGAGCAGGGAUAAAUGUAAUGACAGGCGGGGGGACGGAGGGUAGAGAAACAUCUCCAGGCACCGAGAAGGAUACAGAAUUGAUGGCUCUGGCACGGUGGAGUUCACCCAUGCAUAAAUCUGUUUGUCAUACUCAGCUUCUCCCCUUGGGUUUAUUAUUGUCCAUCAGUUGUUUACCACUGUGUUGCUUCCAAAGGGGAAACCAAUCGUGCUUCCUUGACUGUUCUGCCCGCUAGAAUUUUACACUGGCUGCAGACAAUAAGUCAGUGGAAUGUAUAUUUUAUCUUGCACCCGAAAUCACUGGCUUAGACAAACAACAUCCUACUGGCCUGGUUAAUUCUGUUUUUUGGGGAAUGUUGAUAUAGUGUAAUUACUGUUUUACAGUGGGUCGAUUCAAGACACGUACUUCCUCAUCAUUUGUAUAAAUAAAACCAUGGCCACAGCCACAUGAAUAUUUUUUUCUGGUGAAAUUAUAGAAAGUAAUGGUGCCAUAACUUUGCGUAAAAAAAAAAAAAAAAAAAAUGUGAACCUGAGAUAUGUGUGGAAUUUGCUUUAUGAAUUCAUCUUCAGAGGGGAUCAAUAAAAAGUUUUAUAAUCUUGUUA